AUGCUCAACAAAGAGCUUGUACAUUUCGCGGAAUCAUCUAAAUCGGGUACUCAGGUGUCACAGUUUCUUAUCAAUACUUAUAUGGACAAGGAUGAUGAUGAAGUAUCACAAAAUUUAAGGUUUCGUAAAAUGCUCAACAAAGAGCUUGUACAUUUCGCGGAAUCAUCUAAAUCGGGUACUCAGGUGUCACAGUUUCUUAUCAAUACUUAUAUGGACAAGGAUGAUGAUGAAGUAUCACAAAAUUUAAGGGUAUCAGAUGAAACAGCAUCUACUUCUUCCUUAGAUAAUGUUUCUAUAUCAUUGCUGGGUAAAGCUAAAACAGCGGCAAUGUCGCGAAUUAUUGGUAUACGUAAAAUAAAAUCACCCCGUGGUGGUCAUAUACCAGAAUAUGGUGUUGAUGGUCAUAAAGAAUUAGAAGUUUAUAUGCAAAAGCUUGAUGAAUGGGGCCCAAAUAUAUUCAAAAUACAUGAAUUCAGUAAAGGACAUUCGCUUACUUCUAUUACUUUCACUAUUAUGGAAAAACGAGGUUUAUUGAAAACAUUUGAAAUUCCAUCAGGUAUUUUGUUAAAUUAUUUGCUUCAUUUGGAGCAUCACUACAGGGAUAAUCCAUAUCAUAAUCAAGUUCAUGCUGCUGAUGUCACUCAAUCUGUUAAUGUUCUUAUCUCAUCUCCAGCUCUUCAGAAUGUUUUCUCGGAACUGGAAGUAUUAACAUCGAUAUUUGCAAGUGCCAUCCAUGAUGUUGAUCAUCCUGGUUUUACCAAUCAUUAUCUCAUUAAUACUAACUCAGAAUUGGCCAUUAUGUACAACGAUGAAUCAGUCUUGGAACAACAUCAUUUAGCAGUUGCAUUUAAAUUAUUGCAAGAUUCUAAUUGUAAUUUCAUCGUGUCACUUAAUAAAAAACAACGUCAACUAUUCCGAAAGCUUACCAUUGAAAUGGUAUUAGCUACAGAUAUGUCAAAACAUAUGAGUAUAUUAGCUGAUCUGAAAACUAUGGUUGAAGCAAAGAAAGUCGCUGGUUCAUCAGUUUUAACAUUGGAUAAAACAGAUCGCAUUCAGGUAAUGCAAACAAUGAUUCAUCUGGCAGAUUUAUCAAAUCCAACAAAACCAAUUGAUUUAUACAACAUUUGGGUAAAGAAUAUCAUGGAAGAAUAUUGGAGACAAGGUGAUAGGGAACGAGACUUAGGCAUUGAUAUCUCACCGAUGUGUGAUCGAAAUAAUAUUACGAUCGCGAAAUCUCAGGUUGGCUUUAUUGAUUUUAUCGUGCAUCCAUUAUUUGAAACAUGGGCUGAUUUGGUAAAUCCACAUGCCCAAUAUAUACUUGAUCAACUUGAAUUUAAUCGUGAAUGGUAUCAAACUCGUAUACCGGAAGAGCAAGAGAAGCAUGAUAUUAUGGUCGAAGAAAAUGAUACAAAUGUUGAAGCUACCACAACUUUUCAAUUACCACAGCAACAACAGUCUUCCUCAAAUGAAAUUACCAAUUUGAAGCAAUUUGAAUCUACCAAAGAAACGGAAGAAUGAUAGGGACAAAAGCUGCACAAAUGGAUGUUACUAAUGGCAUGAAAAAUCAAAACUGCAAAUUUUCUUGGCAGACAGACAUAGCUUUAAUAUUUUAU